AUGACACUGGCAGGUAUUAGUCGGACCGGCACAGGCCUUUGGGCCGCUGCUGUGCUCCUGCUCCUUCUGUGCGUGUCGCCGCUUCUUCAUUCUUUUACAACAAACAUCAAUGUCGUCAUCGCACCCAACACCCAAAAUCUGCCUCGGCAUGCUGCUGCCAUCUCGAUUGAGCGCCGUGAAACUGCCGCCAUUCCCGACGCUCGUUGUGGCGUUGCCCACACCAACCCCCUCAAGCUCACCCCUCACGAGCCUCUUCUUUUCGAGGAACCUGUCGAGGGGUCAUCUCCCUACCUGUCAAGACGUUCUGAAGGCUUGUCAAAGCGGCGAGACGGGCCGUUGUACUGCCAUGACGGCCCCUGCAUUGACAACAGCUGCUGCGGCCCCGACAAUGUCUGCGGCUUUGGCCCUGAUUUAUGCGGGGAGGGCUGUCGUUCCAAUCACAACGCGACGGCCAUGUGCGGCGAGCACAGCGAGUUUGCUGAGAUGCCUUGCGGAAUGAAAUUGUGUUGCUCGGCCAGCGGCUGGUGCGGUUCGACCGAGUCUUAUUGCCACAAUGCCGACCCCUUGCGAGGCACGCUGCCCUGUCAGGCCGGAUACAGUUCCUGCUACACCACAGGCCCCCCAUCGUGCCCCUACGGCGAUGGCAGUACAGGUGGCCGUCAACUCGGAAUCGCUUGUUUCGCCCGUGAGUAA